UUGUUUUGAUUGAGGAGUUUUUGGGCGGGCGGUGGAAGGGAGGGAUCUUUGGGGAGGAAUGGAGAGGAGGAAGUAUCCUAUCAGGGCCGAGGAUUAUCGGCUUUGUGAGAUGGUGGGCAAGGGCGGCAGCGCUACCGUUCAUCGGGCGGUUUGUAUUCCGCUUGAUGAGGUUGUGGCCAUCAAGAUACUUGAUUUUGAGAGGAAUAAUAGUGAUUUGAAUACAAUCUCCCAUGAAGCAAAAACUAUGAUCUUGAUUGACCAUCCUAAUGUUCUUAAGGCACAUUGCUCCUUUGUGCAUGGCCAUGAUUUGUGGAUUGUCAUGCCCUAUAUGGCUGGAGGUUCUUGCCAUCACAUUAUGAACUCAGCAUUUUCAAGUGGUUUUGAGGAAGUCAUCAUCGCAAGCAUACUACGUGAAGUAUUAAAAGGUCUGGAGUACCUCCAUCAACAUGGAGAAAUGCAUCGAGAUAUCAAGGCUGGCAACAUAUUAGUUGAUUCACGUGGUGGGAUAAAGCUUGGAGAUUUUGGAGUUUCUGCUUCCCUUUAUGACUCAGGGGAUCGACAACGCACGAGAAAUACCUUCGUUGGAACACCUUGCUGGAUGGCACCAGAGGUGCUGGAGCGAUCGCGUGGAUAUGACUUCAAGGCGGACAUUUGGUCUUUUGGGAUAACUGCUUUGGAGCUGGCUCAUGGUCAUCCCCCUUUCUCAAAAUAUCCUGCAAUGAAGGCGUUGCUUAUGACGUUGCAGCAUGCUCCACCUUGCCUUGAGGAUGUUAAAAAUAAGAAAUUCUCGAGGUCCUUCAAGCGCAUGAUCGCUAUGUGCUUGGUCAAAGAUCCUUCAAAUAGGCCUACUGCUCAAAAGCUAUUGAAGCAUUCAUUUUUCAAGCAAGCCAGAUCCAGUGACUACAUCUCCCGAAAAAUUUUGGAAGGUCUACCCACUCUAGUUGGUCGCUAUGAAGCACUAAGGGCCAAGGAAGAGGAAUUGCUUGCACAAAAGAAAAUGCCUGACGAGCAGAAGGAAGAACUAUCUCAGAAUGGAUAUAAAAGAGGCAUCAGCUGCUGGAACUUUGAUAUCGAAGAUUUAAAGGCACAGGCUUCACAGAUAGAAGCGUGAUUUCAAUUCUCGCGUUUCAAUCUAUCAUCCAGAAGUGGUUCUAUUAGUGAUGACAUGAUGUUUCCAAUUAACAGGAAAGUGAUGUGGUGAUGCCGAAUAAGCUUGCGGCUCUUCCAUCCCCUGAUCAAGCCGGAGGCUAUCAGAGAUCUAUCUCUGAUGGGUUUGACAAUGAGUCCAAGGCCUCUAGUUGUGGUGGUGAUCAAUAUCCAACUCUGGAUCACCAGACUUCAACAAGCAAUUUUUUGGAUUCUUUCUUCAG